CUGUCAGCUCUCAGCAACUAUAUUUUAAUUUGUUAAGGAAGUUGAGGACUUCAGUACAGAUGGAGUCGUCGGAUGGUUAAUUAUUUGGAUUUAUCGGAGAUUUUGGUUAGCUGGAUAGAGAAUUGGUUAUCUUCUUAUGUGCUUCCUCUUGCAUGAUUGCGGUCUCUUAUGCUUCCCCUCAUUUAGAGCACACAUGUUCAACACUUGCUAGCACAUUUUGGAUGCAUUUCUCUUCUCUCUUUUUUGGUACAACGACGGCUCACAUACGACGGAUGUGAAUGCGGCCAACAAAAUCAGAAAAUAAUAUGCUACCUAGCGAAUCUGGUAUCAGCUCAUGAUCUGCCCAAAUGAAGCCUCCAUAAUGAUGAGCUACAAAGGAUGCCAUUCAAUUUGCCGCACCGUUCGUCUCUUGAUAAAUGUGUGUAGCUUGGUGGGAUGCGCACUUUCCCAAUAGUCUAUGAAUGUCAUAGAGCAACGGCUGAUCCUCGACUAGGUGGCCUUGACCCCGAAUCCACUCGAUCACCAUGGCUGAGUCUCCCUCUAAGAGGAUACGGUUUGCGCCCGGUGUUCGCCUCGCAAAGGAGACACCCUCCUAGGCCGCUUGAGCUCAGCACACACCACUGACGAGUCGAAUAUUUGCCGCCCUCCUGCCGCUAACAAUCUGGCGUCGUGGUUCCUGAUGACGAAUUCCACACCGCUACCUCGUCUAUUUUUGGCGACACUGCUAUCGAAAUUUACCUUAAGAAAGUCGGGGGGUGGGGGCACCCAACAGAUUGUACAAUCUAGGACGCCCGAGACAGCAGAAUGGGGGCUUAGGUUGUAACAUCAGUAACGGAAAUUGAGGAUUCCGUUAUAACAGGAUAACGGUCUUUCGGAACCUGGGAGGUAUGGGCGUAAGAGGCAGCGGCGCGUUAUCUCCAUCACCCGAGAGAGAGAAUACGAAGAGAAACCAGGGCAAUGGUAGCUUUGGGUGUCUCGUCACCGCCAUUUGGGCUCAUUUCCUUCGCUUCUUCUCCCUCUUCUUCGCUCAGGAUGGCGUCUUCGUUCCCUUCUCUGAAGUCCUCCUUCCACGGAAUCCGGAUUGGGAGCGGCGUCCGGGCUCUGACGCCAUUGCCGUCGCGCGGCGGCAGCGGCGGCGGACGGAUGGUGGUGAGCAUGGCGAAGAGGCAGGAGGGGAUGAAGGAUAUCAGGGCGAAGACGACGGAGGAGCUCAACGAGGAGGUGAUCGACCUCAAAGGGGAGCUCUUCUUGCUCCGCCUCCAGAAGUCCGCGCGGAAUGAGUUCAAAUCCAGCGAGUUUCACCGAAUGCGCAAAAGGAUUGCUCGCAUGCUAACUGUGAAAAGAGAGAGGGAGAUUGAGGAGGGAAUCAACAAGAGACUCUCAAGGAAAAUUGACAAACAAUGGAAGAAAAGCAUUGUUGUGAGGCCACCACCGUCUCUGAGGAAGAAACGAGAGGAGGACAAAGCAGCAGAGGCAGAGAAGUCAACAUAAAUCGACUUCACGUAUAAUUACAUGCUUGUUUCUCCUGCUCCCUGCAGAUUUUUCUUUGUUGAAUAUGUUAAAAAUUAGAAAAAUUAUAAACUGGCUGGUUUUACUCUUUUUUUGCCUGCUAGAUUGUAUUAGGAGAGGCGUUUUCCUUUAUAUCUAAUCCUAUGAUUGCAAAUCUGUAUUUUGUGGAAAAACUUUCUUGAUUCUAUUCAAUGCAGCCGCCCUUAUUUUUCUCA